UUCUGUACGAGUGCUUCAACCGAACAGAGCCCAAGCGCUUACCUUUGAGCUCUGCUUCCGAUCCAGCCCGAACAAUAUCAGCAAUCCGAAGCCACGAAUCCUAGUUGCAGAUCGCGCGAAGAAAGCACAAGAUCAAUGGGGGUCGAAGAUGGGAUCUUGGGGGUGGGCGACGCCCGAGCCAGGGAAGGCGUCAGCAGGAAGCGGAGGUGGCUGAAGAGGCGAGAGGGAUGGCUCGUGGUCCUGGGCGUGGCCCUUCACGCCGUGUACAUGCUCAGCAUAUUCGACAUCUACUUCAAGACUCCCAUUGUCCACGGCAUGGAUCCCGUGGCUCCUCGCUUCCCCGCACCCGCCAAGCGCCUCGUUCUCGUCGUCGCGGAUGGAUUGCGUGCGGAUAAAUUUUAUGAGCCGGAUUCGGAAGGAAACUUUAGAGCACCUUUCUUGAGAAGUAUAAUUAAGGAAAGAGGUCGCUGGGGAGUGUCACAUGCUCGUCCUCCUACAGAAUCGAGGCCUGGACAUGUUGCUAUUAUAGCUGGGUUUUAUGAGGAUCCCAGUGCUGUGACAAAAGGAUGGAAAGCUAAUCCUGUUGAAUUUGACUCGGUAUUUAAUAGAAGCAAACAUACCUAUGCCUUUGGUAGCCCAGACAUAGUUCCUAUAUUCUGUGGUGCCUUGCCACAUAGCACUUGGAACAGCUACCCACAUGAGUUUGAAGACUUCGCAACUGAUGCAUCCUUUUUGGAUGAGUGGUCUUUUGAUCAAUUUCAAGGCCUCUUGAACAGGUCUUUUACUGACGAGGACUUGAGAGAAGCACUUCAACAGGAUAAUCUGGUUGUCUUUCUCCAUCUACUAGGCUGUGACUCAAAUGGACAUGCUCAUCGACCCUUCUCGUCCAUCUAUCUCAACAAUGUUAAGGUCGUUGAUCACAUUGCCAAACGUGUUUUUGAUAUCGUUGAAGGUUAUUACAAGGAUAAUCGGACUGCAUAUGUUUUUACAGCUGAUCACGGAAUGAGCGACAAAGGAAGUCAUGGAGAUGGGCAUCCCUCCAACACUGACACACCCCUUGUUGUUUGGGGAGCUGGGGUUAAAUAUCCCAAAUCAGGUUUUGUCAGUGACCACUCUGAUCAUGGCCAGUUUGUUGAUGAGCAUAUGCAUGACAUGCCAACACCUACAGCAUGGGGCCUUAGUGGCAUUGAAAGAGUGGAUGUCAAUCAAGCUGAUAUUGCACCUCUUAUGUCAACUCUUCUUGGUUUGCCAUGUCCUAUGAACUCAGUGGGAAAUUUGCCUCUUGGAUACAUCGAUAUGAAUGUGGCAGAGGAAGUUGAAGCUGUGCUGUCCAAUACAAAACAAAUACUAAACCAGUUCCUCCAAAAAUCACAUAUAAAACAGUCAAAUACAAUAUUCUUCAAACCAUUCAAACCACUAGAGCACUAUAUGUCAGUUGUGGACCAAAUUGAGGAACUGAUCUCCAUCAGCGAUUACAAAGCUGCAUUGAAGCGAAGUGAAGAUUUAAGGAGUUUGGCUCUUGAAGGCCUUCAUUAUUUUCAAACUUAUGAUUGGCUGAUGCUGAUGGCUGUAAUUACUUUGGGAUAUAUUGGUUGGAUGGUCUAUCUCGUUCUCCACGUGCUGCAAUCUUAUACGUCAUUGCUGGGUGUUCUAUUCCGAAAGGAGCAAGCAGUGCAGCAGAAAAAAGACACCAGAAAAAUACUUGUAUGUGGAUUUGCUGCAAUGGGACUUAUGUCUAUGAUUUUAUUCUGGGAGCACUCUCCCCCUCUUUAUCAUGCAUACGUUGCAAUGACCAUGUUUCUUUGGACACGAAUAAUUGGCGAGCAUCAGUUUUUAAAAGCACUUUGGAGAUACUUACGCGGAGAGAAGUUAAAUUAUGUCCUUAAACUUCUAGCUACCCUUGCUGUCUCUGUCAUGAUAUCCGAAUUCCUGGUUAACAGCUUCACCGAGAGGAAGCUCUAUACAUGGUGUUUCCUUUUUGCGGGGGUUACUGCCUUUUGUUAUCUUUUCUAUUUGAUUCCAUGGAGAUCUCAGAUACCAGCUUUCGUUUGCUUGGCCUGUUGGUUCCUUUCUGGAUUCACAUUGAUGCCAGCUGAAAUUCCUGAUAAUAAUCCAUUGGUGAUAUCUAGCGGAGCUAUGAUCACUGUAAUAGGAGUAACUGCAAGGUGGCUAGACAAGCAUGCUGAAGGCAGUAAGUAUUGGUCAAGUAUCUGUAGUGGUGACAUGAAAAAGUCAAAGUUCUCCAUGCUCUUCCUCUUGCAGGUACUAUUGGUGGGGUUGUCCUCAAUGAUGGUAUCACUCUCGACAUCUCACAGAAUGCAGAACCAAGAACUACAUAUAUUUCACCAGCUCCUGAAUUGGCUCAUUGCUGGUUCUUCUAUGAUUCUUCCUUUGUUUUCAGAAAAUACCCUCUUAUCUCGGUUGACUUCUAUAUUUCUUGGUUUUGCUCCCCCUUUCCUUCUUCUAUCUAUUGGAUACGAAGCUGUCUUCUAUGGAGCACUUGCUCUUGCACUUAUGGCGUGGUUACUUUUUGAAAACACACUGCUCUAUUUAAGUAAAACUGAGAAGAUUACUGUCUCCAAUAUGAGCACGGUGGAAAAUGCUGUUCUUGAAACUAAUGAUAGAUACUUGCGGCUCUCUGACGUGAGAAUUCCUCUAACUUUUAUGGUACUCUUCAAUGUUGCCUUUUUCGGGACAGGGAAUUUUGCGAGCAUUGCAAGCUUUGAAAUUUCGUCUGUGUACCGAUUUAUAACUGUUUUCAGUCCUUUUCUAAUGGCAGCCCUACUUAUCUUCAAGUUGUUCAUACCAUUCAUGCUUGUCAUAUGUACUUUUAGUGCAAUAGCCAAACUGAUUCGAGUUCCACGAUCAGGAUGUUAUUUCCUUGUUAUAUUAUUUUCAGAUGUGAUGACCAUCCACUUUUUCUUUCUGGUCCGCAAUACUGGAAGCUGGAUGGAAAUCGGUAACAGCAUCAGUCAUUUUGGGAUCGUGAGCGCUCAAGUCGUGUUUGUGCUGUUACUUUUCGCUCUCACCGAUAUAUACACAAAGGACAUCAGAACUAGAUCAGAUCGUCCAUCAUCUCGUAAAGUACGAUGAUCCCUUGAAGUUGGACCGGAGCCUUGAGAUCAGUUGCCAGUUUUAUAUGACGGUAGGAUCUCAGGGACAUGCUUCAAUUCUUUUUGGUUCUUUGCUUCGAGGUCGAGAUGACGUGGCAGGUAAUAUGGAGCCAAAUGGCGAAGUCCAAUCACGGAGGCUACCAUAUGUGAACGCCUCGCCGCACUUGCUUCCAUCGUGUCGAUUGACCUAUACACACGACAGUUUUGACAAUUUUUCACCCGGCGACAUAGAGCCUACUUUCUAACUCAGAUCUCGUGGGAGCAUGAUCUGCUUUGUUCUUGCAUUCAACUUCCAUCAUGAAUUAGUUUCUUUUCUGUUUAUGCUGCUGCGGGACACUUUUUAUAUGGAAGAGAUGCUUUUCACAUCUACGUGACAGUUCUCUCCAA